AUGGGACUACAAAAUGGUUGGAGUCCCCUCCUCCAAUAUUCUGUAGACCGUCUCCUUCUCCACCUCCCUUCUCAUCUACCAUCACCAAACCAUCUUUAUCCUACAGACUUGCUUCUCCUUCUCCUCCUCCCUAUCCCAAACCUUCUACUUGGAUACCCCAAAUCAAAACCUUUAACCAUUAAUCCGUCCCAAUUAAACAGAUUAAUUUCCAAACCGGAUUUUAAUCCGUCCGUCCCAGCUCCUAGCUCUACGAUAUCCCUGCUUCAAGCUAAAUUAAAGAACAAUAUACCAAUCCCUCCUCCGAUUCCUAGCUUUGAUCAACCUAAGCCUGCCUUCUCAUACCAUUUCGGAGAACCUAUUAACCUAAGAAAGAAGAGUAUAAACAAACCAAAUCAGUCAAAUCCAAUCAUCGAACCACCCAACAUUUCAAUUGAACCUAUCAAUCAUGAAACGAACCCAACCAAACCUUACAAGCCUCCAAUCCUACCUGGAGAACCAGAAACCAUCCCAACUAAACCUUAUAAGCAUCCAAACCUAACUGGAGAUGCAGAAACCAACCCCGAGAGAAAAUUCAAUCCUAGAGUAGAGGAACCGUCCCGUCCUUCUCCGCAUCCUGCUCCGCACCCUCCCCCACCUAGAACUUGUGAUAGAAAGGUUGAACCUGGACAGUUCUACCGGAAUAUAGAUCCUGCUCUACUCCGACUCUCCCAACCUCCAAAACAAGGACGGAAAGUUAAUCUCCAGAAGAAGGAUUCUAUCUAUGCUAAGCUUGCUUUAAGAAAACCAAAGAAUUUGUCUUUUUCAAUCCCGACCGGAAAGCUAUCCAGGUUUGAGAGAGAUAGUGCAAUAAUUCAACAAAAUAAAGUAACAUCAUUUUCCAGCAAACAAAUCCCAAACAUAAACAACAACAACAUGAAUAACAACAACAAUAGCAACUGUAAGAACAACAACAUGUACAGCAGUCAAAACAACAGUUCUAACAACAUCAACGGUGCCGGGACUGGAUUUUGCACCAUGAAGGUCUAUGCUAAAUGCCUAGCUCCUGAUAUUGAAUAUAAGACAGUAAAUGUCCCGGAGAUAAUUUCAAGCAGAGAACUUGUACUUCUACUCCUCUCCAAAUACAGAAUGAAGAACCGGGACCCGAAGCUGUUCUACUUGACAAUGGAUGUGACCAUCAGGAAGACGGGGAUACCCAUCAAGAGAACCAUGGUGCUAGAGGAUAUUGCUCGGCCUGCCCAGUUAAAAUCUUGCAACCCUUGGGGGGAUUGCAGGUUUAGCCUGCAGAUGCGUAAGGGUGGUCUUGUAAGAAUCCAUGAUAGUGUUCUAAUGGAAGAAUCUAAAUAUAAAUGUCUUCUAAUCUCAGAUGAAACUACUGUCGAAGAUGUAAUUAGGAUUCUGCUAAACUGUUACGGAUUGGAGAACCUAGAAGAUGUUACGAGAUUUUGCCUUUUCGAGGUGAAGGAGAAAAAGGAACUAAAAUUAAGCAGGAGUGAGAAAUUGCUCUCAGUUCAAAGUAACUGGUCUUCUUCUUCUUCUUCUUCUUCUUCUGCACUUCAUAGAUUUGUUCUAAAGCGCUCUACUAGAUCAGUUUCUAAUCAGUUUCCCGAGGAGAGCUGUGUAGAUGAGCUAUCUAGCUUCCCAACCUAUAAUAGCAGCAGUAGUAGUAGCAGUAGUAUUUGUAGUGAGAUUGAAGCUGCUUUUCUCCCGUCCUCAUCCUCAUAUGCAUCCUCGCUUGCUCUACCCUCUCUUAUAUCUAUCUCCAGGCCGCAUGAGAAUACUCCAAGUUCUCUUCCUCCCUCUGUCCUCUCUGAGUCCCUGCCCUACCCGGAGAAGAAGGUCAAGGUCGUGAAGGGUCCAUCCAUACGUUAUGUCAAGGACGCAUCCCAGUGCUCCCUUAGCUCUCAGAGUAACAUAUCUGAACCAGAGCAGUACUUUUAUAUAUAAUUUGGAGACAGAAUAAGCCUUUAUAAACAUUUUAUCUGGACGUUAUAGAACGAACCAUAAACUAUAGUUUUAUUGUAAACGAUAAAUAAAAUAAUAGCUACUUUUGUCAAAUAAACUAUUGUUAAAGUU